GCAGCAGAGUAGCACUGCACGUACUCUUCAGCGGUAAAAUUGAAGAAAAACGCUUGUUUGAUGAAAUAAUGAAAUUCGUAAUUGCGAAGAGUCCCGUUAAUCUUCUCAACUCUCACAGUUCGCUUGUUCCCUUUGGUGUUCCUUCCGUUGAGCGCACUUUUCUUCACAGUUCGAGGGAGAAAUGGACGCGUGGCUCCAAGCCCCUCAUGUUUUCGUUUUCUUCCUUGAGAGCUCGGUGCGCUUCUUCUUCUUGUUCCUCGAAUAUGUACGGAGGUUGGGACGAUCUCGGCAGUUCAGACGCGCCUGGUGAGUCCUACGCCUUGCGCAAUUUUCUCGUUUCUGUUGGAAUCGAUGAUAGGAAGAACGUUUUCGUGUUCUUCUUGGGCCUCGUUUGUGCGAUGGCGAUUUCUAGGGUUAAGGUUUCUUCUAUUGUCGUUCUUCCUGCUUCCGCGUUGGUUUUUGCUGUUGGUUUCACGGUAGGGUUUCUCCGAAACGGAGCGUUCGGCGAAGUGAGGGCGAGUGGGAGUAAGAGGAGGGAAAAGCAGGACAAUUCGAAUUCUAAGCUGUCUUCAGAAAAAUUGCGGAGUUUGGUGGAAUUUUUUGACGAGCUUGAUCUUGUGGUCAAUAACUUGAAGAGUGAAAUAGUAAGUGCUAUUAGGAAUAAUAAGAUUCGGGUGGAUGAUUUCUAUGGCUAUCUUGUAGUUACAGAUAAGAUUAAAAUUUCACUUAAGAAUGCUAGGAGUGUACUUGGGGAUUUGAUUGACAAUGAAGAGAACUCUGGUGGUGUUUUGGUUGAGAACCAUAAGAGUGGUAAAAGAAAGAAACAAGUUGGAGAAGGUGGGUACCAGAUGUUGCAGGCUUUUAGCAGUUUGUUUGGGGAAAAUUUGUUUAGUUCCAAUUCGACCAAAGUCAGGGAAAAUGUUAAGCAAGAGGCAGUGCAUAGAACAUUGGAUCAAACUAGAGGAAAUGAUACAGUGCCUGUUGUAGAAGACAGGGCUUUGAACUUUGUUGAUGAACAUAAGGGAAAUCGUGAGUUGGAUUUGGAUCCUACUCAAAGCUCGUCUACUAACUCUGUUUUGGAUAUGAAAAAAAGUGAAAGAAUAAGAACUACUCCCGAGGGAGACACAUUUGGCUUAGGGGACAUACGGAGAAGCAAAAAUAAAUUCUUUGACGAUAAAGAGCAUAGUUACCGGAACAAAGGAAUGAGGUUCACAAAUAAUCGCAGCUUCUCUUUGAAGAUGGAUUCCAGCAUAACAGACAUGUGGGAAUCCCAUGACAAUCUGCUUGACUCUGAGAGCUUUAAAGUCAGAACGAAACGCAUGGAAAGUGAGUCCUCUUUUACGCGUGAGCAGCUUUUCAACCAAGAUCAAAAGACUUUCAGGUCUUCUCGUGACUUGAGGGAGGAUGGUUCGGACAGGUCUCAAUAUAAAGAUGAUACAGUGAAUUACGAUGAUCGUCACCACCAUGCAGAUGAUUUGUCUGCACACGAGAACAAAUUCAAUACCACUUCAUCUCCAAAGAUUUCAGAUGAUAUGAUGUUCGAUAGGUAUCUUGAUGAAGCAACAGAUCUUUUAAAACAAGCAAAAGAGUUUAUAAAAGUUAGGCAGGAUGAAGAGCAAGCUGAAAUCAUGCUUUACAGGUCUGCAAACAUACUAUCCAAAGCUGUGGGCUUGAAGCCCAUGAGUUUGUUGGCUGUAGGCCAGUUAGGAAACACUUACCUUCUUCAUGGAGAAUUAAAGUUGAAGAUUACUCGUGAAUUGAGAAGUCUUCUUUCUGGCAGCAUCCAACCAUAUUCUGGAAAACAUAGUAAAUUAUUGAAGGGACUGAGGAAUAAAAUCACUAGCGAAGAAGAUAUUGCAUCUUUUCUUAUUGAUGUUUGUGAAGAGUGUGAAGAGCUACUAGUUCAGGCAGGCAGAAAGUAUAGGCUGGCGUUGUCAAUUGAUGCUAAUGAUGUGAGGGCCCUGUAUAAUUGGGGUCUUGCUCUUUCUUUCCGAGGCCAAUUGAUAGCAGACAUUGGUCCGGGUGCUGCAUUUGAGGCCGAAAGAGUAUUCCUGGCUGCAAUUGACAAGUUCGAUGCUAUGCUGUUAAAAGGCAAUGUUUAUGCGCCAGAUGCUUUGUUUAGAUGGGGCGUCGCAUUGCAGCAGCGAUCUCGAUUAAGGCCAGGAAGUAGUAAAGAGAAGGUGAAGUUACUACAGCAGGCUAAAAGGCUAUAUGAGGAUGCUCUACAUAUGGACACCAAUAACAUGCAAGUGAAAGAUGCCUUAUCCUCGUGUGUCACAGAGCUUAAUUAUCGAGAGUUUUAGCCAAUUCACGAAAGAGUUGCCCAGAAGAAUAAUUUUGCUUUCAAUCCUUGUUUCCAAUUAUUUUAUAUCUGCCUGACUUGGAUCCACCACCAGAUACAGGUAUAUUUGCAUAAGUGUCAUUGAACACAAAAUGCUAUGGUUCCAGGGUCGUCGUCGUCUCUGUAUUGACUCUCCCUAGAACCAGAUAAAGAUAACACGCAUAGUAACAGUUAUAAUAAGGAUAGAAUGUAAUCAUUUUAUUUAUGCACAAUCUUGGACAUACAGGGUUCA